AUGUCCUCGCGCAGGUCAUCGACCGCCUCAGAGGGCGAAAUUAUCGAAUCAGGUUCGGAGACGAAGGCAACUACGUCGCAAUCUCUUCUUAAUGACAACAGCGUUGACCGUCCCACCAGAGUUAGUUCAUCCGCCUCGGUGACCAGGUCGCCUCGUCGUCAGAGAUCUAGGGCAAGGACGAGAUCGCGGUCGCCCUCACGCUCUCCGUACCGAGAUUAUAGGGGGUAUAAGCGUCGACGGGCCGGCGAUUACGACCAUGAUGACUAUUGGUAUGGUUAUGAUGACGACAGACACUCUGGACGGACGUUUCCACCGCCGCGACGAGGGUGCCAUCGACAUGAUGGGUACCCACAAAGACAGGCUAGGUCUUAUUACGAUUACGACCGCGAAGACAACCACCUUGCGGACCUUCGGUACAGCGAUGACUAUGAUCGACGAAGGGAGAAGCGCCCACGCACCCGCAGUCGAUCGCCCUACCGCGAAGUCCGGAAGCGCAAACAGUACUCUGGCGACGAGUGGGAGUCGCAACAAUCGCGGCGAGAGGGCAGUGUAGCAUCGCAGAGCAAAAGAAGGUCUUCUACUGAACAGUCAGUGAGCGAAAGGGGGAACCCCCCAGCUGUCGCUCGAGAUUCUAGGCAAGAUGCUGAAACUCAGAAAAACCAGGUUCAGGCAGCUUCUAUACUCCCUACCUCUGAUGGUGAUAGCAUGAACGGCCAAGAUGUCGCUGAACGGCAUGAAGAGCCUCUUGAUGAGGCUGCCCAGCUCGAGGCGCGGCGCAAACGGCGUGAAGCCAUCAAAGCUAAAUAUAGAGACCAGGCGACGCCCCUGCGCAUUCAAGCACUGCAUCUUGGUGGUGAUAGGGGUACUACUCCCACGAGCGAAGCAGCAACUCCUAACAACGAAACAGCAGAGUCAGCGGCUACUCCGGACGGCGGUUCAUUUCCCGACUUUAGCAUUGGCAAAGACUUGGAUUUAGUCAAAGAUGGUGCCGUGGAUGGCGCUGACAAAGAUGAACCUUCAGCUGCAGACUACGACCCUACUAUUGACAUGAAAGCCGAAAGAGAAAGGCACGGGGGGCAGAGUAAUGAUGUCUCGGCCGCGAGCUAUGAUGAAACGAAAACAACCAAGCAGGACGUGCUUUUGCCUGACGCACCGUCGCAACAGGAGCCAGAGGCAAAGGAUUCAUUUGAUAUAUUUGCUGAGGAUGACGAUGACAUGUUUGCUGAAGAUACCGAGGAAACGUCGAAGCCGGCGCACGCAUCCGCCAUUGCUGUGCCCCAAGCGCGGGAGCUCGACGUUAGUAUGAUGGAUAAUUGGGAUGAUCCUGAAGGAUAUUAUAACCUCCGAAUUGGUGAGUUGAUCGACGGGCGUUACCAUGUGCAACAGAAUCUGGGUAAGGGAAUGUUCUCGUCAGUUGUUCGAGCGAAAGAUUCAAAGACGGGUAACGUUGUGGCAAUCAAAAUUAUCCGGCAGAAUGACACAAUGAAGAAGGCUGGGUUGAAGGAGAUUGGCAUCUUGGAAAAGCUCCGAGAAGCCGAUCCAGAGGACAAGAAACAUAUGAUCAAGUUCGAACGGAGCUUCGAGCACAAGGGUCAUUUGUGCAUGGUCUUCGAAAACCUCAGCAUGAACCUGCGGGAGGUGUUGAAGAAGUUUGGCCGAGAUGUAGGUUUAAACCUGCGUGCAAUUCGAGCGUACGCCCAGCAAAUUUUCCUGGGAUUGAGCUUGAUGCGUAAGUGCAAUAUCCUCCAUGCCGAUCUGAAGCCCGACAACAUGCUUGUCAACGAGCAGCGCAACAUACUGAAAGUGUGCGACUUGGGUUCCGCGUCGCUGGCUUCGGAUAACGAGAUUACUCCAUAUCUGGUCAGCCGAUUUUACCGGGCACCGGAAAUCAUUUUGGGCAUCCCCUACGACUACGCCAUUGACAUGUGGUCGAUCGGCUGCACACUGUUCGAGCUCUACACGGGCAAAAUUCUCUUCACGGGACGAAACAACAACCAGAUGCUCAAAUCGAUCAUGGAGUGCCGUGGCAAAUACCCGCCGAAGCUCCUGCGGCGCGGGUCUCUGGCGCACCUCCACUUCGACGAAAUGGCCAACUUCCACAGCACUGAAGAGGACAAGAUCACCGGCCGCCUUACCACCCGCAUCAUGGACUUCAAGAAGCCGACGCGCGAUCUCAAAACCCGGUUGAUGGGCAAGGGCACACGGGGGAUGACAGAUAGCGAGGCAAAGGAGCUAGCUUUGUUUGUCGAUCUGCUCGAUCGUUGCCUCAGUCUGAAUCCGGAGAAGCGAUGCACGCCAGCCGAGGCGUUAAAGCACCCGUUUAUUUUACGCCCAAAGGCGUGA